AAAUUUUAACCCUAACCCUUAACCUAGAGCGCAGCUCACUCUCAUCACUCUCAACCUCAGAAGCUCCCUCUUCCUCUAAGCUUCGUCGAAUGUCCAUCUCCCGACGCCUGUGCAGUAUUCUGAUGCCGCCGGCGGAGGGGCUCCGGAUAGAGGACGGCACUUCGCGGCUGAGCUUUGCAGCGGCGGUAAGAGAUUCCAACCCCGGACAACGUCUGCAAUUUCAACCAAACCCAUUCUCCGACGUCGAUUUACACAAAAUUGAAGCCAAGCACGGGCGGUUCAAAGGUUUCCCGAGUGUCAACUGCUCUGAUUUGGAUACUCGGGUGGGACACCGAGUCGUCCUGGUCGAUCGGCUUAACAAAGGAGCAUUUUGAUGGGGAGGUUGUGGGGAAACAGUUGCAAUCGAACACUACACGCUCGGAACCCGGGUUUAGCUCGGCCAGAAUGACAGAAGAUGAAAUGGACACACUGAGGCGUCUGGAGGAGGAGAACCGCAAGUCCAAGGAGUUUGUGAAAGGAUGAGAUGGAGGUUCAGAGACAUUGCGACAUUGAUGAAGCAGGUUAUGGAACCAGGGGCAAGGGGAUCAUAUUUGAAGGAUUCUGAGAAAACUGAAAUGUACAAGAAGCACAAGGAGAAUCCAGGGGUGUACACAAUCUAGAAGCUAGCCAAAGAUUACAGGAUCAUAAGGCAGAGGGUGCAUGCAAUUCUGUAUUUGAAAGGGCUUGAGGAGGAGGAGGAGGAGAAGUUGGGACACCCUAUUCAUAGCACUCUUGAAACCUUUAUUGAUAAUAACCCGGAGUAAGUUCAAAUUGGUGGCAUUCUUCAUAAUUUAAUUUUAUUUCAGUUGGUUUUAAAUUCUAAAUGUCUCAGUGGGAGGAACUAGAAUUUAUAUUUUGAUAUAUAAAGGAACUAAAGAAGCCCUUUUAAACUUAAUGCAGUAUCUUAAUGUUAUGAGCUGCAUCCAUAUCUUAAUGUCUCAGUACCAAUAUUACCACGUGCACAAGCUGAUAUCUCAUUUGUGUUCAAUUCAAUUUUGAAUAUGUGCUCAUAGCUGUGCUGGUGAGGUCUCCUUGGCCUCUGCUUUAGGCGCCUCUUCCAGUGGCUUGCAAGGGAAUAUCACCUGCAACAAGGGAUAAUUUCAAAUUCCUGUUGUCAUCCGGCUAUAACUGAAUACUACUUUGUGGAAAAAGGUUAUAGGUUUGAAUGACUUGCUAAAGGACUACUAUAGGGAGAACGUCACCGUUGACGAGAAGGUUAAGAAACGUGCAAAGGUCCAAAAAGUCUAUGAUUCUAAUUUUGAUAAUGACAUUAAUGCCAGAGAAGAUGAAUCAAGUAAAGGCUGAUGAUGAGAUGCCUAUGAGGGGUGUUCAAGUAUUUGAUUCUCAGAAAACUUUCCCAGAACUGGAUUUCCCUGAUCUAAGGCAGUGCAGCUAUCUGCAUUCUUUCUUGAAUAGUGAGCUUAACUCGAUUGUUGAACUCAAAAUGGAGGAAGAUGUUUCUUGAAGGCUUGCUUCUACAUGUGUUGCUUUUAAAGCUAAUCAAAUCUCAGGGCUGCCUUGAAGAAACCAUGGGAAAAGGGAGCACAUGUUGUUGAUUACGUCCAUAAGAAUGCCGUUGUCGGGUUUGGCACUUAAAGAUUGUUUUAUGUCCUAUAGACCGUGCUUUCUCUCAAUUCUAGCUAUAAUUGUAACUUGUUUUGUUUUUUGAGUUGUACUUAAUUACAUUUAUGAUUUCCGGGGUAUGCCCUUAUGAAUCAUGUACAUUCAUAUGAAAUCUUGAGAUAUAAAUAAAAUGUUUUAGAUUUUGGUUAAUGUUAAUGUUUUGG